AUGAUUUCAAGCUUCCGAGCUUUUGCGGCCUAUCUGCUGGUCUCCGAAGAGCUCUGCAACGAUACAGACUGCGUUAUUUGUCUGUGUAAGAUCCAAAGAGGAAAGAAGACUGAUGGUCUGAGAUGCAGGCACGUGUUCCACAAGCAAUGCUUUGCUGAAUGGGUGAGGAAGAGCAAAGGCGCAACUUGUCCUCUCUGUAGAGUUAGUGUGGUGGGCGACGGCGGCUUGACGGCGGCGGACGGUGGCGGAGGAGAUGGAGGGGUUAUCGGAAGCGGAGAUUUCAUUGUUGUAUCUCCAUUUGGUGUUCUGCGGUGUGAGUGGAGAUUGUCAGCGGCGGGUGGAGGCGUUGACGGUGGCAAGUUGUGGGUCGAUGCCGGAGGGGACAAUUAG